AUGGUGAACAUUCCAAAGACAAAAAAGACUUACUGCAAGAACAAGGAAUGCAAAAAACAUACAUUGCACAAGGUGACACAAUACAUAAAGGGUAAAGACAGUCUCGCUGCUCAAGGAAAGCGUCGUUAUGACCGUAAGAAAUCUGGUUAUGGUGGUCAGACCAAGCCCGUCUUCCACAAGAAGAGGUGCAAGCAUUUUGAGAUCGGUGGAGACAAGAAGGGGAAGGGAACAUCUCUUUUCUAA